AUGGAUCACUUUGAGGACGAGAACAUGGUGGAGGAGCAGCAGGAGAGAGAAAGCGAGCACAGCAACGAGAAGAUCGUCAAUGAAGAAUACAAGACAUGGAAGAAGAAUGCGCCGUUCCUUUAUGAUAUGAUUCUGAGUACAGCUUUGGAAUGGCCGACCCUCACCACUCAGUGGCUCCCCGAUAAGCAAGAGGUCCCCGAUAAGCCUUAUUCCACUCAUCGCCUACUCAUUGGCACCCACACGGCAGGCGACGCCCAGAACUACCUCCAAAUUGCUCAUAUUCAGCUGCCAAACCCCAAUGCCCCCAAUCCAGACGACUAUGAUGAGGAGCGUGGGGAGAUUGGUGGCUACGGUGGCGGGCCCAAGAAGCCUCAGAUGGAGAUCAAGUUCAACAUUGCACAGAAAAUUGAUCACAAGGGAGAGGUGAACAAAGCUCGUUAUCAACCUCAAAACCCGAAUAUCAUUGCGACUAUGUGUACCGAUGGACGGGUGAUGAUUUGGGACCGAUCAAAGCACCCCAGUCAACCCACGGGAACAGUGAACCCCCAGAUGGAGCUCCUAGGACACGAGGCAGAAGGGUUUGGAUUGAGUUGGAACCCCCAUGAAGCUGGCCAUCUUGCGACCGGUAGUGAAGACAAGACUGUCAGACUAUGGGAUCUCACAACAUACACAAAGGGCAACAAGGCCGUCCGCCCUACGCGCACUUACACCCACCACUCAUCGAUCGUAAACGAUGUUCAGCACCACCCUCUUCAUUCUUCGCUCAUUGGUACUGUCUCCGAUGAUAUUACUCUUCAGAUCCUUGAUGUCCGUUCUUCCGACACUACGCGUGCUGCUACAAUUGCAGAGGGCCAGCACCGUGAUGCCAUUAACUCUAUCUCGUUCAACCCGGCAGCUGAGACCAUCCUGGCGACUGGUUCCGCUGACAAGACGAUUGGUCUUUGGGAUCUUCGAAAUCUGAAGACCAAGCUCCACUCCCUGGAAGGUCACAGCGACUCUGUCCAGUCAAUCUCGUGGCAUCCCUUUGAGGAGUCUGUCUUGGCCAGCUCCAGUUAUGACCGCAAGAUUAUGUUCUGGGACCUCAGCCGUGCUGGCGAGGAACAGACCCCCGAGGACGCGCAGGACGGUCCUCCUGAGCUUUUAUUCAUGCAUGGAGGUCACACCAACCGCAUCUCCGACUUUAGCUGGAACCUUAGCGACCCGUGGGUACUAUGUUCGGCGGCCGAAGAUAACCUACUCCAGGUUUGGAAGGUGGCCGAUGCCAUUGUGGGCAAAGAUCUGGAAGAUGUCCCGACCGAGGCACUGGAGGCAUAA